AUGAACGAGUCAAGGUCAGAAAAAUCGAUAAGAACAUGGAACAUAUACAAAACCAAGGAUGCUUCAGGCUCAUCGAUGAAUGCGAUUUCGUUUGGGUUUGUGGCGACUGCAAUAUUGAUUUUAAUGUUCAUCAUAUUGGCAAUCCUCGAACAUUUCUUCAGGUCUGAUCAUUCUUCUCUUUACGAUGGCUCUGCUCAGUUUCAGAAACAUGCUCAAAAAAAUUCUAUGGUUCCGGUAAGUACGUCAGAUGUGUCGGUGAUGAUGCCGGGAGAAAAGCUGCCGUCGCACAUAGCUCUUCCGGCGCCAUUUCCUUGCCGGAGAGAAGGCAUCCGUUGGCCUCCCCACCACUAAUAUAUCAUACUCUCUCUAAUUAGCUUAGUCGUUGUAUCAUAAAUUUCUUUUUUCUAAUUUAUUAGCUACAUAAAAUUUAC